AUGUCCUCUCGAGGGAGCCGUGAUCCUCGACCAAGUCUGUUCUCUGCUCUCAGCCUGGACCUGGUGGCCUCCACUUCAGAUGAGGAUGAGGCCACCAAGGACCAAGAACCAGAGAGGCUGAAAGACACCUUUGAAGGUACUGGUACCACAGUGGUUGAUGUGCCAGAUGUUCAAGGUGGAGAGAGCAGAUACUUCAUUACGGAAGCCCCUGGGCAUCUCCAGGACACGGCCGGCAGAGAUGACCUGCAUUGCCUGCUAACUGAAGAUGGAGUGAAGGCGUUUGUAUCUAAGACCAAGUUGCCCAGGGCUAAGGCACUUGCACUGCACAAAGUGCUGAGGGAUCUGACAGCGCUCUCGGCCCUAGCAGACAGACACAGACUUCGGAGAGACCUGCAGGGCAGGAAGAAGUUCUUGAAAGCGUUUCCUCGCUUGAGAGCAGAGGUGGAGGAGCACAUCCGGCAGCUCCACGCCCUGGCUGACCACACUGAGGAGAUGCACAGGGGCUGCACCAUCUCCAAUGUCGUGGCUGACUCCUUCAGCACUGCCUCUGACAUCCUGGGCCUCCUUGGUCUGUUUCUGGCACCAGUGACAGCGGAGGGCAGUCUGAUGCUGUCCUCUGUUGGGCUGGGGCUGGGAGUAGCAGCCACUGUGACUAAUGCCGCCACCUCCAUCGUGGAGGAAGCAAGCAGGAUUUUGGAUGAAGUUGAAGCCGGUCACCAGGCCUCACCUGGCCUGGAUGUGUUGGAGGCUGGAACAACCGUGGCGAGGAUUGCCAGCAAGUUCCCUCAGGCUACCAGAGAUAUCACCAAAGACCUUGAAGCCCUUCAGCAGCACAUGGAUGCCCUCAGGCUGGUUAGAGCCAACCCUGGCUUAGAAGAAGAUGCCAGGAUCCUUGCCACCACCGGAAGGAUCCCUGCCCAACAUGCUAGAAGGGUGCAGGCCACCUUGAAAGGAACCCCUCUGGCGAUGAGCAAUGACGCCCAGAUCAGGAGUGCCACCACUGCAGGUGUGUCUCUCCUGCAAGAUGCUGACAGCCUUGUGAAAAAGUCAAAGCAUUUGCAGGAAGGGGCACAGUCAGAGUCAGCUGAAGCUCUCAGGAAGCUGGCUGAGGAGCUGGAGGAGAAGUUGGGGAAGCUCGUCAAAUUCUACAAGGCACUCUGA